AUGGAGCUUCCACAAUUUCAGAGCAUUAUUCAGCAAGUGUGGAACCAGUGCUAUGAUGGAGCACCUAUGCAACAGAUUUGGUGUAAACUGAAGAAUAUGAAGGAACAACUGAAGGAGAUAAAUGCCUAUAUGGCUUCAUACAAACAGAGUCUUGAGCAGGCAAGAGAGAAAUUGGAUAUUAUACAGAGUCAAAUGAAGCAGGAUCUUUUGGCACAGGCCCCUUUUAAUGAAGAGAAAGCAGCAUUAGAUGAAAUUGAGAUGUGGAGUAAUGUGGAGGAACAAGUAAUGAGGCAGAAGUCCAAGGCUUGCUGGAUUGAAUGUGGAGAUGCCAAUACAAAGUAUUUUCAUGCUCAAUGGAAGAUUAGAUCCAUCCAAAAUAGUAUAACAUCCAUUUAUACUGAUACCGGUAUGAAACUAACAGAGCCCAAAUUAGUUGAGCAGGAAUUCAUCAGUGUGUUUCAGUCUUUGAUGGGAGAUUCUUCUACUGAGUUGCCAUGUGCAAACACAACUAUAAAUGUUACAAUUGAGGAGAUCACAGAAGCAGUAAGGGAGAUGCCUAAAGACAAAGCACCAGGGGUUGAUGGGUUCCCUGUGGAGUUCUUUACCAGAAACUGGGAGAUAGUGAAAGAUGAUAUAUUUGUAGCUGUUAAGGAUUUUUUUUUCUACCAACAGAUUGCCUGGAAUGAUUAA